AUGGAACCCGCAAGAGGAAUGGAUUUUCAAGUGGUAGUGUUAGCAGGUGGCUUUUCGAAAAGCUUGGUUCCUCUCGUUUCUAAGGAGGUGCCGAAAGCCCUAUUGCCGGUGGCAAACAGGCCGGUCCUGUCUUAUGUACUCAAUCUUCUUGAGCAGAACAACGUUACAGAUCUUAUUGUUGUUGUUGAAGGGGAAACCGCAGCGCUUUCUGCCAGUUCUUGGAUUUCCAAGACAUAUAUUGAUCGAUUACAUGUUGAGGUGGCUGCUGUUCCUGAGGAUGUUGGAACAGCUGGUGCUCUUCGAGCUAUUGAUCAUAGACUGACUGCAAAGGACAUCUUGGUUGUGAGUGGUGAUUUGGUUUGUGAUGUUCCCCCUGGGGCGGUGGCAGCUGCUCACAGACGACAUGAUGCUGUAGUAACUGCUCUGCUUUGCUCUGCUCCUGUCAGCGGACCAUCUGAUUCAGGUUCCUCUGGUGCAAAGGACAAAGCUAAGAAACCAGGACGGUAUAACAUUAUAGCAUUAGACCCAACUAAGCAAUUUCUAUUGCAUAUAGCAGCUGGAGCUGAAGUUGAGAAAGAUAUUCGAGUCCAGAAGAGCAUUCUCCGAGCUGUCAGCCAGAUGGAAAUUCGUUCUGAUCUAAUGGAUGCUCAUAUGUAUGCAUUCAAGAGAUCUGUUCUGCAAGAUGUUCUUAAUCAAAAGGAAACUUUUCAAAGUUUGAGACGUGAUGUAUUGCCCUAUCUUGUUAGGAGCCAGCUGAGAUCUGAAUUAAUGUCAAAUGGAGUGCAAUCAGAUGAAAAUGGCAAUAGUAAGGAUGCUAUGCAGAACAGUAAAAUCUUGCCGUCUCAACUUCUGGCUAAUGAAUCUACACCAAGUUUUCACGAACUCUAUGCCUUGGGUCCCGAUGGUUCUGCCUCAAUUACUAGGAAAACUCACAAGUGUUGUGUUUACAUUGCAAACAAGAGCAACUAUUGUGCACGCUUAAAUUCCAUUCAAGCAUUUAGCGACAUAAACCGUGAUGUAGUAGGAGUUGCAAAUCACCUAUCAGGCUACUCUUUUUCUGCUCAGAACAACAUAAUUCAUCCCUCUGCUGUACUUGGAUCUAAAACCACAGUGGGACCACAAUGUGUGCUGGGGGAUGGUUCACAGAUGGGCGACAAGUGCAGCGUUAAAAAAUCUGUCAUUGGCCGUCAUUGUCGGAUAGGUUCAAAUGUAAAGGUUGUCAGUUCCGUUAUUAUGGACCAUGUCACUAUUGGAGAUGGUUGUUCCAUCCAAGGUUCUGUUAUCUGCAGUAAUGUACAGCUCCAAGAGCGUGUCAUUUUGAAGGAUUGUCAGGUUGGAGCAGGCUUCGUGGUCACUGCUGGAAGUGAAUAUAAAGCUGAGUCUUUGGCCAAGAAAGAAAGGCCAUGA